AUGCCGAAGAAGAUGGACGUGAACUCCAAGGCGGAGGCGGCCCGCUCUGCCGCGGAGAAGCGAGCCGAGGCCGCGACGCGCAAGGCCGAGAACCGCCGCCUCGCCGAGGCAGAGGCAGCCUGCGUCGCCGCGCCUCCCCGCUGCCGGGUGCUGCCUGCUGCGGUCGGCGGGUGCUGUGGCCUGCGGGGUGCGGCGCGGCCGGGUGUUUUUGUUACUGAAAACAUGGAGCAUGCUGCAUUAUCCCAGAUUAAAUUAUGGCAUGGUAUUCCACAGGAAGAACAGGUGCCUCAAAGUAAAUUAACCUGGCCAGCAUUGUUGGAGCACCCAUCUGUGAAAGACGAUUCAAUGGGAUCCGCAGCUAAAAACAGUAAUGAAGACUAA